AUUAUGAAAUUUGUAAAAUAGUUCAGUCUAUACAUGGCAAUGAAAAAAUUAUCAUUCAUGAAUAUAUCCUUGUGAAAGAAAGAAAUAUUAAUAAAAAUUAUUAUUGGUGUUGUGAAUAUAGGUCUUUGAAAUGUUGCAAAGGAUGUGCUAUAACUGUUUUGAAAGGGCAAGAGCAUGUUUUAAAAAAAUUUAAUGAGCAUAAUCAUCUUUCUAAGGCUAGCCAUGCAGAUAUAAUACAAGCCCUUAAUGAUAUUAAAGAAACGGUCUCAUAUAUACAUAACAAACUAUCUCAAAUUAUCCAAGAUGCCAUCAUUAAUAUGUCUGAAGCAUCCUCUGCUAUAUGCCAAAUAAUGAAGCUAUUUGCAAACAGAUUUCAUGUAUUAGAAAUAAAGAAUUACUUACUCAUUCCCAAUCAUUAG